AUGAAGACUGACGCGACCUUGAUGAUGCGGAGACGUGCACGAUCCACUCGUUACCGGCGCAGCAGUAUGUAUAUGGCUCCCCUGCUCUCCCUAUAUUGCGCCGCCGGGCUAUCUUACCUCAUAUGCGGCGAACUCGUCCUGCACGCUUUCUUUAAGCAAGAGACGAUGUGGACAGCCUUGCCAACUGAUCGGGCGGCGGCCGUCCCAGACCAUCGACCACUACUCGUAGCUCGUGGGUAA